GUGCGUGUGUUGUGGUUUAUGUGUUUUGGUGUGUGUGUGUGUGUGAGUGUGUUUUGGUGUGUGUGUGUAUGUGUGUGAGUCUAUAGCGGAUUCCCUCCUCCGUUAACCCCCCCCCCCUCCAGUGGGAGAGAAGUGGGCGUUUCCUUUCCUUUCCGUUUCCUCCUGAAGCACCGAGAGCUCUCAGCAGAGCAGCAGUUCCUCCAGCGCGAGACUGCACGGCACGGUGACGGCUGCACGCGCUGUACGGUUUUCUCCCCCCGAUAUGCAGGUGACCGUGUCCCGGCCCGCGUUCCGCCUGGUGACAGGGCAGUGUGCCCCGGACCGUGAGAGCAGCCUGCACUGAGAGCGGACAUGGCGAACGGAAACCUCUACGACAACCGGCGCAUCGUGGAAAAGUACCUGAACCACAAGCUGUCGAAAAACGGACACGCGUGCGAGUUCCGACACCGGUGUCGCGCGAGCGGCUCGGGGGAGGAGGAGGAGGAGGAGGAGGUGCGCGAGAGGGAGAGCGCGCGCCGCGCCACUCUGCACCGGGCUCUGCGCGAGGCCGGAGACGAGCUGGAGAACAUGUACCGCCCGGAGCUGGCGGAGAUGACCAAGAGCCUGCGCGCGACCCCGGUGUCCGCCGAGCAGAGGCGCUUCGCGGCCGUGGCGGACGAGCUGUUCCGAGACGGAGUCAACUGGGGCCGCGUGGUGGCGUUCUUCGAGUUCGGAGCCACGGUGUGCGUGCAGUGCGCGCCCGACGCCGAGCGGAGCGUGUGCGCGGAGAACGUCGCGCGCUGGAUGGCCGAGUACCUGAACGGCCCGCUGAGCGGCUGGAUCCAGGACAACGGGGGCUGGGAUGCCUUUGUGGAGCUGUACACGAGGAAGAAGGACUCUGUGUUCAGCAGCUCUUGGCCAUCCUUAACAACUUCUGUCUUCAGUUUGGCGGCACUAGGGGCUGUCGGCCUCACCAUCGGGGCGUAUCUCACCCAGAAAUGAAGAACUCCAACCGUCCUCUCCUACUGUACGUCCCUCCCGUAUUCCGUCAGCGCCCUGGAGAUGCUCACAUUCCAGAUGUUUCUUCAACGCCGCUCAUGUUCCUUGAUUGCCCUUUCUUUAGUGAUGCUCAAAAUAACAGGAGACAAAGUUAAUCCGUAAUAAAGAUGACUUCAAUAAUGUAUUUUACAGACAAUACAAUUGUUUGACAUCUUACAAUUAAUUUUAGAAGCAGCUUUUUGUCUGCUCGAUCACUACUGCUGCUGCUGCUGCUGCUCUGAUAAUGCUCGUCGAUAUCACGUUAGCACCAAGCUAACACUUAGGAACCAUUAACUUCCUUUAAAUUGCUGGAGUUAAAAAAAAAAAAAACACUAAUAAAUACGCAAUGUGAAAAGAACACUGUUGCUAAGCAACCAGGGAAUACAGUCUCCAAAGGCUUGUCUGUUUUUCUAUAUUAUUUGACAGUAAAUCAUGAUAAAAUUAGCGAGUUGGCUAUAAUGUGAAGGCACAGCGACAGAGGAAAUGGCACCGAAAGAUCUGAAAUGUCUGCAUUUCUCUCAGAUAUGUGGGAAAAGUCCGAAAGAAAAAGUUCUAUGUGGCUAAAAUGACCAGAAUUAGCGUAUUAGCAUUGUAGUUAGUGAACAGAAGCUGAUCGCAAUGUUGUUUCCACAAGUGUGUGUGUGAGUGUGACAUAAUGUGUAGGUAGUACAGAAAAACAUGGUACUCCUGUAGGGAAAACCGAAAGACAAACGCAAACAGAGACAGUCUCUCGGUCUCACUACUGUGGUGAGGACAUAAACAUGGUGAGGACGGAACGCUGUGACAUCAUAAACUUAACGCCAAUGGGACAGGAUGGAUUUUUUUUCAAGUACCUACCAAAAAAAUAAAGAAAAAAAAUUUGUUUGGGUUUUUUUUUUUUAGGGUUUAACUGUUAAUGAAAGGUUUUUUUUUUUUUUUUAUAAAAACAUGUGCUUCUCUUUAAAUCCAACUUGAGAGUAAAAAAAGAAAUUCUGAUGCUCACGUCUAACACAGAUCUUUUCCCCCUCACCUCUUCAUCCUUGUCAAACCCGGGAUUUGAAAAACUAAUAAAGCGCAAAAAAAGAAAAAAAAAAACAGUUUAGCAAGAUCAAAGGUUGAUCAACUCCUGCUGAUGUACAGGACGUUAAGGGAAAAAAAACAGGUUAUACAUUAGAUUUCUGACUUUUUUAGGACAUGAAUGAAACAACACAUUUCAGCUGCGUUUAGGUAACCUACAGUAACUUUGACACACUUAAGCUGCAACUUACAUCCAAUGUGGCUGCCGCUUUCAUUUUCAUCUUUCUAUUUUUUUGAGGAAGUUCCGAGAAUUAUUUUUCUCACUGUUGUGUCUGUUUGUCUAAAUGUACCGGUCGGUGUGUACAGGUCUGACUGUUUGACUGGUUUAGUCAAUUCCGUAAACCAAGACUUUGUUAGAGUUUGACAUUUACUUCUUUAGUUUUGGACAAUAUGCAAAAUCAUACAGUAAUGAUGUGUAAAAUCUCUCUCGUCCAAAAUAUUUUCUAUUAAUAAAAUAAUCUUUAUUUUCUCGCCACAAGACCCACAAUUAAACUUCUUCCUGUAAAUAACUUCACUUUAACAUUAAUGAUUGAGUGGUAUUCAGUUGACUAAUUAAAGCUGAUUAUAUAUUUUUAUAGUAAUAAAUGCAGGUAGUAAUAAAGGCAUGGUGGUGAAGUGGUUAGCACUGUCGCCUUGCACCUCCAGGGUCCGGGUUCGAUUCCUGUCUCUGUGUGCAAGGAGUAUGUGUGUAUGUGCCCUGUGAUGGAUUGGCACCCUGUCCAGGGUUAACCCUGCCUCGUGCCAUAAGCCUCCUGGGAUAGGCUCCAGGACCCCGCUAUAUAGACGGUGAUUGAGUAUUAAUUAAACCAUUAUAAACAUUUACACACAUAUACAAAUAACUUAUUUUAAUUGUAUUCUAAUGUGUAUGCAGUUAUUAUGUAUAACAUUAAGCUUUAAUUAGUUCAUUAAAUAUCACUUGCCUGUAGUUGAUUUAUAACUGAAUCUCACAAUAAAAUGUUUUAAUUAAAUAUUUAGAAAAUCAUGUUUAAGUACAAUUCAUAUCAUCUUGUUUUUUUCCAAAAAAUCCCACUUUCGAAACUUUAUAUCCUCGACCACCUGAGACUCUUUUACUUAUUUUACAGAAAAGAUUUUAGACGAAGUAGAUCUUGCAUGUUAGCGCAUUUUGCCUCGCUAAUAAAGUAAAUGUUGAAGACAGAUAUUUGGGAUGCAAUUCAUUUUGUGUUAAAUUGUUUCUUUAGAGCAUAAAUGAAUAAGGUGGAGGGUGAAAGUGUGUACAAGGGAUGAAGAUGAGGAGAAAUUACAGACGCAGGAAAGAAAAGAGAUUAAACGAAUCUGAGAACAUGGCAUGUAAAUCUGAAAGUUCAGGAAGACAAAGUGAGAUGUGAGACAGCAGAAGGUUAGAGGUCAUGGGAAGCUCAGAAUGACUUUUAAGAUGGUCGACACAAGGCAGGAAUGAAUCGAGGGGACUGUAAGUGAAAAUGCGUUAUUUCAUCAUUAACUAUAUUGCUAGCUAGAUAAUUAACAAUCCAGCUAAUUAGCAUAAACGUUUAAAGAUUUUAGCUACAGUUUUUGCUGUAAAUGAAAAUUUUAAUAGAAUCAGGUAAAAACAAGCAAAGCGAAAUAAAGUAAUUGAAUAUGAAUUUUAUUUGUAUUGAAUUAAAUCCACAUCAAAUUUAAUUCAUAAUUGAUUUGGGUAUUUUGUUUAAUAUAUUAUUGUACAUGUUUGCUUACGUCUUUUGUACUUGCUACGGUUUGGCUUUAUUUUUUUACAGAAACAUGCCGUUGAAAAAUUUCUGGUUUUGGGAUUUUCAGUAAACACAAAAUGUGUACUUUAGAAAUGAUGCAAAUAAGGUUCAAAAGUAAAGCAUUUAGAAUUCGCAGGGAAAAACAGAUGCUUUCUGAGAAGUUUGUUGUAAUAGUAAAGUCUUUUAAUGUGCUGUAAAGGUUUUUAUGUUCAAAUAGUGAUACUUUCAAAUGUUCCAACUAGUUAAUGUAUACAGCUCUUUAAUACAGAUUUAGCUAUCCCGGUAGAAUUUGAGCGUUUAUUAUUUUCCUGGGAAAAUUUUGAAGGCUUUAAGCCUAAAACAUAUUUUUUUACUUUAAAAUGUUCACUUUAUUGUUUUUGUUUGUUUUUACUCAGGCUUUUAACCUUUAUUUUUUGUUUGUUUGUUUUUAUGUGAAGCAAAGCAAGUUUAACAACAAAAGGAAGAAAACUUUAUUAACUACACAAAAAAUGGAAAAAAAAGGUCAUUUGGAUUAAAUUGAAUUGAAUUGUAUUGAAUAUGAUGUAUAUAUAAUUCUAAAGUAUAAAAUGCUAAUUUAAACACUUUUAGUUAGAUCACCGGUUUCUUAGCACAAGGAAUACUCAGAAAGUGAAAACCUCGAACCUGUGGUGAUAUAAAUCACAGAAUUUUUCUCUUUCUUUCAAAACAACAAACAACCGAAAUGUUUUAAAGUGCAAGUUUCAAAAAUGUACUUAAAAAAUGUAACUGGUAAAUGUGUGUGCCCGCGUGUAUGGCGUGUGUGUUUGCCCUGACACCAACAGAUUUCCACUAAAACCCUUUCAUCUUCAUUAUUUAUUUAUUAGGUACCUUAACAAUGAAACGAUUUUAAAUCAUUUCCCCUGCAUCUUAUUUUAUUUUAUAUUUUAUGUAUAGAUUUUUUUUUAUCUACAGUUACAUCUAAUAUAUAAAGACAUUAUUAGUAUUAGGAUCUUAAUUUGCUUCCUAAAUGCUGCUUAUUAGUUAAUGAUUAAUAUGAUUAAUAAACAAUGAGUGAUUAUUGUAUAGUUUAAAAAAAAAGAAGAACAAAGUGUAUAUUUAUUGAACAUUAUCAUGUCCGUCCACCUGUUACUGUAGCAAUAACCUGAAACGCUCUCACAGAUUCUCACAGAAACACAUGUAGUGCUGAAACAUUUGUAUUUUUUAGAAUAGUUUUAUUAAAAAUUUCUCAGUUGUUAGCAUGUGGAGCAAAUCUGUUUCUGAAAGCUGAUGGAAAUAAAGACACUUUCUAAACCUUCA